AUGGACGACAAGGGACACAGAGAGCCUCAGUUCGAAUGCGAGACCUGCGACAAGCGAUUCAACACCCAGCACGCGGCAGACCAACACAUGGACGACAAGGGACACAGAGAGCCUCAGUUCGAAUGCGAGACCUGCGACAAGCGAUUCAACACCCAGCACGCGGCAGACCAACACAUGGACGACAAGGGACACAGAGAGCCUCAGUUCAAAUGCGAGACCUGCGACAAGCGAUUCAAUACCCAGCACGCGGCAGACCAGCACAUGGACGACAAGGGACACAGAGAGCCUCAGUUCAAAUGCGAGACCUGUGACAAGCGAUUCAAUACCCAGCACGCGGCAGACCAGCACAUGGACAACAAGGGACACAGAGAGCCUCAGUUCAAAUGCGAGACCUGCGACAAGCGAUUCAAUACCCAGCACGCGGCAGACCAGCACAUGGACGAUAAGGGACACAGAGAGUCUUAG